AUGGAAGGAGGAAGUUUCUUCCACUCUUUGAUGAAAGAAGAGCUUUGCGCCAAGGAUUUCGAACUGGGUUCCAGCGCUAGAGGGAAGAAACGGCGGCUGACCAUCAGCCAAGUUCAGUCCCUGGAAAGAAGCUUUGAGAUGGAGAACAAUCUGGAACGUGGAGAAAAGUCCAGAUUACCAAGGAGCUCGACUUGCAUCAUCUCCAGGUCGCCAUUUGCUUCCAAAAUUGUCGGGCUCUGUCCAAGAACAAGCAGUUGGAGAAAGAUUUCGACUCCCUCUGCUUCUUUGCAUGUUGGUGGGCCCAGGGUUUGA